GGCACAGAUUGGUUUGUUGGCUGCGAAUGAUAUGGGAAAAAGAGCGCGCAAAUAAUAACAAGCAUAUAUCGGUUGACAUUUGCUUGGCGACCGCUUCAUUCAACUCUUGCAGCGGAGAAACAAACAGUUUUUCAAACUGCGUCGUCAAGAAAAUACGGCGUUCAAACGCAUUUCAACUGAAUCAUCAUAUCAUUAACUCGUAAUUUUCAAUUGUGUCAGUCAAUUGAAGUGAUCAACACGUCCACAAUGGAUGUGCUGACUCCAUUGAAGAACCUACUUGAACCGGAUAAAAUCUGUAUCGACAACAAGGUUUUCCGUAUUUGCACCAAAGUGACGUUUGUGCUUUUGACCACGUUCUCGAUAUUGGUUACGUCGCGUCAGUACAUUGGCGAUCCAAUUGAUUGCAUAGUCGAGGUGAUUCCGCAGAAGAUCAUGGACACAUACUGUUGGUUCUACAGCACAUAUACGCUAUCGAAUCGCCUAAUUGGUAUUGCCGGCAAGGACAUAGUACAGCCUGGUGUAGCCAGCCAUUCGGAAUUCGGCGACACAAUCAAAUACCAUAGCUACUAUCAAUGGGUAUGUUUUGCGCUGUUUUUUCAAGCAAUCUUAUCCUACAUUCCACGAUACAUUUGGAAGUGCUUCGAAAAUGGACGCAUCAAAGUGCUGGCCGAUAAAUUGAAAGAGCCUUUGGCCAAAAAAGAAGACAAAGACAAACAUAUGGUGGCUAUGAUCAAUUACUUCAAGGACAAUUUGAAUCAACAAUGCUUCUAUGCGUAUCGCUUCUUUCUUUGUGAGGUGUUAAACGUCGCCGUUGCCAUCGGUCAAAUUUAUUUCGCUGACAUUUUUCUCGACGGUGAAUUUCUGUGGUAUGGAUCGAAUGUGAUGCAACAACAUGAAGUGGAUACAAUGACACGUGUUUUCCCGAAACUGACAAAAUGCUCAUUUCAUAAAUAUGGACCAUCGGGUACGAUUCAGAAUUUUGAUGGACUUUGUGUGUUGCCCGUAAAUAUUAUCAACGAAAAAAUCUAUUUGUUCUUGUGGUUUUGGUUCAUUGGCAUCAUCAUCCUGUCGACCAUGGCAUUAAUUUAUCGCGCAUUUGUUUGUUGUUCAUCUAAAUUGCGACUGCACUUGCUGCGAUCGCGAGCACGGUUUGCAUCACGACGGGACAUCGAUUACAUUUUGCUACGUUUUGACAUUGGCGACUGGUUCAUUCUGUAUCAACUCAGCAAAAACAUCGAUCCAAUCACAUUCAAAUUCAUUUGCCGCGAUCUUUUUCGCAAACUCUACAUCGAUAUUUAGUGAAUGGCUUGAAUAAAUGAAACUAGGAAUAAAUGACACUAGGCUAAUAUUGUGCCUUUUUUUAAAGGGAAAUUUGACAAUUCUUUAUGAUGAAGAUUUAGUUCAAUAAAUAUGACAAUACAUUUU